CCAUCGAUAGAUUUGCUAGCGGUAGCAGCUGAACAAGAAAAAACAAAAAGGUACUCAAGGUGAAGUAAUUUGGCUUAAUAAUACAGCUACAGCCAAACAUACACACAAAGCAGACACACACACACACACCACACCGAGCGAGCGUGGGGCUGAAAAGGGGGACAAAGGCAAGGCUGCUUUAGUCACCGGCCUCAAAACAGCCACAUCCAGCAAAAUGAGUGCGAAAAGCAAACGCCCAGGCACAGCGAACAGUCAGACACCGAAUGAGUGCGUUCAGGUCGUGGUGCGAUGUCGUCCGAUGAGCAAUCGGGAGCGCACCGAAGGCUCGCCGGAGGUUGUCAAUGUCUAUCCGAAUCGCGGUGUCGUCGAGCUACAGAAUCUGGUAGAUGCGAACAAGGAGCAGCGCAAGGUGUUCACCUAUGAUGCCGCAUACGAUGCGAAUGCGUCACAGACAACGCUUUACCAUGAGGUCGUCUUUCCACUGGUCAGCUCCGUGCUGGAGGGUUUUAAUGGCUGUAUCUUUGCGUAUGGUCAGACGGGCACGGGCAAAACGUUUACGAUGGAGGGUGUGCGUGGCAAUGAUGAUUUGAUUGGCAUUAUACCGCGUACAUUUGAGCAAAUCUGGCUGCACAUCAAUCGCACCGAGAACUUUCAGUUUUUGGUUGACGUCUCGUAUCUGGAGAUCUACAUGGAGGAGCUGCGCGAUCUACUCAAACCCAAUUCCAAGCAUCUGGAGGUGCGUGAACGCGGCUCCGGCGUCUAUGUGCCCAAUCUGCAUGCCAUCAACUGCAAGAGUGUCGACGACAUGUUCCACGUAAUGAAGCUGGGCAACAAGAAUCGCACUGUCGGCUUCACCAACAUGAACGAGCACAGUUCCCGUUCGCAUGCCAUAUUUAUGAUCAAGAUCGAGAUGUGCGACACGGAGACGAACACGAUCAAGGUGGGCAAGCUGAAUCUCAUUGAUUUGGCUGGCAGUGAGCGACAGUCGAAGACAGGCGCUUCGGCGGAACGCCUCAAGGAGGCCAGCAAAAUCAAUUUGGCGCUCUCAUCGCUGGGCAAUGUAAUCUCAGCGUUGGCAGAGAACUCGCCCCAUGUACCGUAUCGUGAUUCAAAGCUGACGCGCCUGCUACAGGACUCACUGGGCGGCAACUCAAAGACGAUCAUGAUUGCCAACAUUGGACCAUCGAAUUACAAUUACAACGAGACGCUAACGACACUGCGCUAUGCACAGCGGGCCAAGAACAUCCAGAAUCAGCCCAUUAAGAACGAGGAUCCGCAGGAUGCCAAACUCAAGGAGUACCAGGCAGAAAUUGAGCGACUCAAGCGUCUCAUUGCGCCGCAACAACAACAACGCACCGAGAAACUAGCAGCGGCGGCGAAGAAGCGCGUCAAGAAGCCAAAGCGGGAACAGCCGCGUCGCGCUUUAACGGAUAGUGCGGUUCAGGAACAGCAACUGCACGUAGAAGAGGAGGCGGAGAGUGAAGCUGAUGCUUCGGAGCCCGAGUCGGACAAGGAGAACGAGGCGGAGGUGGCCAAGUCCAAUGAGCAAUUGGAACGCGAGCGUGUGGAGAACGCCAAACUGGCGGCCAAGCUGGCUGAGCUCGAGGGUCAGCUGGUGCGCGGCGGUAAGAAUCUGCUGGACACGUACAGCGAACGCCAGAUCGAGCUGGAAAAGAAGCUGGUGGAGAUUGCUGAGCGCAAGAAGCGUGAAAUUGAAAUACAACAGCAGCUGGAACUGCAAGAGGAGACGACACUGGAGAUAAGGGAGCGCAACGUUUCGCUGGAGCAGGAGGUGGAGCUGAAGAAGCGCAAGCUAUCCAAAUGCUACGCCAAGUAUCUGGCGCUUCAGCAGGAGCUGAACGACUGCAAGCACGAUCACAACCAGGAUCUGCGCGAACUGGAGAUGGCACAGAACGAGCUGGUCAAGGAGCUGAAGCGCCAGCUGCUGAUCAUUGACAAUUUUGUGCCCGUCGAGGUGAAGCAGCGCCUGUACACUCAGGCCAAAUACGACGAGGAGCAGGAGGAAUGGAAAUUCGCCCCAUUGCCGAUGCCACUGACCGUGGAUGGUAAAUUCAGUAGCAAGCGUCCCGUCUCGCAUCCGCUACGACGACGACCCACCUCAGAGUAUGCACUGCAGGAGGCUAAAUCGAGUGCGCCCAGUGCGCUGCGCUUUAAGAGCGAGAACAUUGUCAGCUAUGAGCUGGAGAUGCCCUGUCGCACCACCCAAGAGUAUCGCACGCCCAAGGUGUCUGCCUCGUUGCAAGCGGUCCUCGCCCAGGCCAUGCAGACCGGCGACGACAUUGACAUUGUGGACUCUCACACCAAUUCGCUGCGCCAUCGUCUCGAAAAUAUCAUCAAUGGCAAUGCCAAUGCAGGUACAUUGCCAUCUGCUGCUGCGACUGCUGCAGCUGCUGCUGCUAGUGCAACUGUAAAUGCAACCGGUCCAGGUGGCGCGUCCAAUGUGCGUCACGUCAAGUCCACACGCAGUGGCCUGCCCAGUCCGGGAUCAGCGCUCGACUCUAAUCGACGACCGCCCACAGGCCGUUUGCAGCCCAAAAAGCCUGCCUCGGCUUAUCCCAAGGCACGUGGCCUGGUCAACAAGUAGUUGUAGUAGGAAAGUACUCAAAACCAACUCAUCUCAGUCAGUUGCCAGUCACAACAACACAACACACACACAUUCACACGUUCACUAACCAAAGCUCUCAUAUAGUCAGUCACAAAUGUCAAAUGUCUGUUUUUGGCAAAUCGAAUCCUUGUUCCAGUUCCGCACUCUUUGCUAACUCCUUAGCCCAAUCUUCGCACAAUUCUCGCUUUGUAAAAGUAUUUUGCAUUUUUGUAUUCUUGUUUAUUCUAUUUAUGUUUACUUUUUAAUUAUCGUUUUUUGGUUAUUCUCGUAUUUAGUUUGUUAUUGCUUUCGUGUGCACGGCUGGGGCGCAUCGUCUGAAUUUUGCCCCACUGUGGCCAAGUCAUUCAUUUAUGUGCAAUUUAAUCUUAAGUUUAACGUGUACUUUUAAAUUGUUUAUAAUUAUACUUAGUACAAGCAGCUUAGUUAAUCAGGUAAACCAAAUAAAAAGCAACUCAAAACAAA